GAUUCAGUCAAGCAGAUCGAGAGGGCGCCCCGUGUUCGGCAAUUUCGCGAAGCACGCAUCACAAAAAAUAAUAUUAACAAUUAUGAUAAUAUUGAUAGUAACAGUCCUGAUUAAAAGAUCGGAGAAAAAGGGAGGUACUGAUAAUGAAAGUAAGAAGUUGUGAUUUUAAAAUAAAAAUUGAAAAAAAUUAUAUCACCCUUUAUUUGAUAGCUGCUAAGGUUACAGUAAAAAUUCACGAGAGGCGCUUGCUGUCGUGCUCUGCAUCCAGUGAUCCAGAAAAUGUUAAACAUAUCGGUUGGUACCGCUGCUCUACCGAUGAUUGCGCACAUGACUGGGACAAGUUCCGGAUAGCACAUGUUCGAAACAUGAGAGUGACAAUUCCCGAUAACCCAAACUUUGAGGUUUACACCAACGGCACCUUAGUUAUCAAGAAGGUACUACCUGUGGAUGAUAGAAAAAUGUUUAUCUGUAUUGCCCAGAAGACGCUUAUAGGGAGAGAAAGGUCUACGACGAUCCUUCAUAUAGCCAAAGGUAAUAUUUAUACAAGUGAUAAUAGUAAUAAUACAAUGGGAAUUCAUAUUUUUAGCCAUAGACAAUCCACGUGGUGGCUUUUGUUGUCCACGGUUUCAAGGAAGAAAUGACAUUUGGAAUGUUGUUUUACCGGGAGGUAAGGAUAGUUGGAGAACCCUGAGAUAAAAAUACGGAGCAAGGACGGGAAGCAACAGAAAUCCAUUCAUUACGUCGGGGGUCCAUUUAUUGAGGGUCCCGGUAGCUUAACGUGCCCUUAAAAUGUUCUGUUAAAAACAAGUAUACAAUUUGACUGUCAGUUAAAGAAACAAAUUGGACAGGUUAGUGUGCCAGCAAUUGCUUCUCCGUUCUUUAAAUUUUGAUCUUGAAAAACGGCUUUUGGCCCUUAAAGUUUCCCCACUCCUGGCCUUCAUUUUUUUAAUCUUAUCACUUCGGACUCUGUUUCUUUGCAUCUUUGCUUUUCUUCUCUGUCGCUUAAGGAAUGCAAACCUCCCUAUAGUAGUUGGAUAAUUUUGAUUUAUUUUUAGAACCCCCACAAUUGAUACGAGAGAGUCCUCCAGAGCCUCAGGUCCUUGAAGGAAACGAUCUUCAUUUGGAUGUUCGAGUGCAGGGGUAUCCUUACCCCUGGGUAACUUGGAGCCAUGGUGACCAUCUCCUACAGAAUAAAUCGGUUAAAGAUUCAGAAACAAGGCUUAAAAUUCGCAACGUCACUGUAUUAGAAGGUGGACGUUAUACCUGUUACGCCAAGAAUCCAUUCGGACAGGAUAUCUUGACCUUUGACGUUACUGUUGAAGGUAUCGAUUUUAUUUAUAGUUAGGCUAGCCCCUUGAGAGUAGAUGUAGCCAGUCAUGAAAAGAAACGCAGAGAAACCUUGCUGUUUUUGGUUUAUUCAUUUCUGUUAUUGUUCUUCGUGUUGUUUGUCACUCUUUUUGUUUUGUUUUGCUUGUUUGAUUUCUCUUAUUUUCUUCCAUUUUGUUUUGGUUUUAUUCAGUACUAUUUUCUUAAUCUGGACCUACUGCUAUCUUAGAGAAAAGCUACAAACUUACUCAGAAGCUUCCAUUUUUUUCCCUCCGUAUGUAGGUAAGUCGGUGAGGACGACUGCAGCACCAGGUAGGUUCUCCCGCUCUUUAACCUUUCCAGAUGACCUAAAAGAACUGAACAGGGUUCCGAGACUGCCUUGGCAUAUAAUAACUUCUUUAAGAUAUGAAUGGCAAGGCAAAGUAUAGAAGUUAUUUACUUUGCCACUCUGUUUCUACUCAUAGAUAUCCAAACUCCAUCAUCUUCACCAACAUCAGGUAAGUACAAGGUGUUCUAUUUCAAUUUUUCCAAUAUCCGUUUUAGAGCAAAUUUUAAAUGAGUGUGUUCAAAAUUACGGAAGAUUCCAUCGAUUUUUAACAAUCCUAUUUUUCACGACCAAAAUCUUUAUUACUGUUAUUUGUUUAUCAUUGAACUUAACUCUAGUAUGUCUCAAAGCCGCACUCGUGGAAUUGCAUAUGAACUGAUUCCCUCCGCUUCUCUCCUCACUUCCUUCCACUUCAAUACAUGCACAUUCUCAUCCAUAUUCCUACUCACAACCCCUCCCUCUAAUCGAAAAACAAGAUACAGUCCAACCUAUGUUAAGUGGUCACUCACGCGGAAUGGCACCAUGACCGCUUCAUACAGGUUGACCGCUAUGCAGGUUCCACAGAAUAGGGGUAUUAUGAAAAACCCUUAAAAAAGUGCCAUUUUAUGUCACAGUUGACCACUUUAUGCACAGGAACUACCUUAUAAAUACAAUUGGUUUUAUUUAGGUGGUUCUACUUUAAGUAACCGUUCAAUACAGGUCUAAGACAAUACAAACCGCAAGGUUUUUCCCUGUAGAGCUCACUUGGCGGCAGGAAGAGAAUCACCAUGUACUUUGAGUCCUAAUUAGGAGAAUGAAGCCUAGUUUAAAGAGAAACUGAUUCUGAAAAAUUUCUGACGUUAAAUAAAUGAAGAAACGAAGAUAUACAAGAUUGAAAGUGACUGUGAAUGCUAAGACUUUAAUCCGUCAUCAUUAAUUAACUUAAUUCCAAUUAACUUAACUCCAAUCUAUGCUUUGAAUGAAAAUUUCAAUUUUCCACUCCAAAUUUAUUCUUCAAUCAUGUAUUUAUUUAUUUGUUUUGUUUUCUAGGGGAUUCAAGUCUCGCCGGAUGGAUAAUUGCUACAAUAGUGGUCGGUCCAUUGUUGGUAGUCAUAACAACAAUAUCAAUAAUAAUAAUCCUUUGCAUUCUCAAGAAAAAAUGUAGAUCGCCAAAACUGCAUUUAAACAGGCUGUUUCGGAGAUGCCUAUCUAAUAGUUAGUAUAGCUGUAAAUUGUAACAAACUAUUUUACCGCUAUUUCCGAAUAUUUUCAGAAAAGUGUGAAAAGUCAUUUUUUCACCUGUCAAAAGAUAAUAGAACUGUAAAUUGAAACGGACAAUGUUACUUCUAUUUUCCAAAUAUUUUGAGAAAAGUGUGAAAUGCAUUUUUUCACACAUCUUUAUUUAGUAAUCUGUUCAUUAGUUCUCGUCAAGAGAUUUUGAACUAUCUGUAUUCUCUGUCCUUCUCUUACAUUAUUCAUUUUUACUAAGGAAAAUACAAAUAAUGCGCGAAUCAGGUGCAGAUAUAAUUGGGCUUAGUGGACUGCAAUUUCUGUUGGUUAUGAACUGAGUGGAGUGCAGUUUGGUCUGAAAUCAUCCCCGUGAUUUCAUAAACUCGCAGCGCGAGUUUCAUCGAAAUCACAAGCAUGAUUUCAUAUCAAAAUUGCAAGACACCAAGCUUAAUUAGCACUUUAUUUCAUCUAUUUUGAAAUAGCAAAAUUCAGCAACGCAAUACAAGGUAUUUUCAUUCUGUUCGAAUAUUUUAUUGAUCCAGUAUAUUGUGCUGGUUUAUAAAAGGUUGCAAAAGUUUUCUCUCAUUUUCUUGCAAUUUGAUUGAUUUCUUUGAGCAAGCCUUGAAAUUUGAUUGGUCGUCAUGUUUUAGCAAAGCUUGGAAAAAAUGCCAUUAAGAGCAUAAAUUGAUGCAAUUUGUGAAAAAACUGCACUGCAGAGAGUCAAACAGAUUGCAAAGAUGACAAGUUAUUUGAAAAUGGAUAGAAUAAAGGCUGUAAUUGGGCGAGAAAUUUUAAAUUGGUCAAGCGCGUAGCGCGAGGCUGAUUAGAAAUCACGAGCACGAUUAGCCCUAAUUUCAGCGAGAAACAUCUAUCGGACUGUUAGGACCUGAAAAAGCCAUAAUAGGGGGUGUUAAGAACCACCAAGAGAAUAUAAGUUUAUCAUCUCUUGGAACAAAUCAAAUCCGAGCAUAUUAAUAUUGCCACAGUUACCCGUUACAGUGUUCGGUUAUUUGGACAGUUGGUUAUUUU